AGGGUCCAGAAGUCUCCGAAAAAGUGUUUUUGCGUUUAAACUUAAGAAACUUGCUGUACUGAUCACGAAGAUGUGACCGGUACAAUUGUCUGGUCAAAAAUUACGGAGAUUUAUUUAUGACAAAAAAGUCCAUGAAAUCACAAUUUUAGGGUUUGUACCCAUCGUAAAAAAAUUUGCCUUUGCUUGCGAACUUCGUUUACAUACCAAACGAUGUGUUAUCUCUUAAGGAUUAUUUGCACAAAAAAUCUCGCCAGCGUACAACUACAAACGGCUACGCAAGUGGAAAACGUGAUUUUUUAGAGUAUGUCAAUUUUUGUGUUUUUGAUCUGUGGAAGCGAAGGGCUGUCGAAGGAACUUGAAAUUAACAGUGCACAUUCACCAGAAGUUUCUCUUUCAAAUGCUUUUUCAAUCACCCGUCUAUCAUUUCUACCACCCAAAUUACUCUUAAAAUGGAAAAACAGGAAAAAGUGUAUACUUUAAAACGACGGCAAAUUGCCGGAAGUCUACCGCGAUAUGUAGAGGUCACAGAGGCAAACCUUUGGAUACUCUACUAUUAAAUCACAUAUGCUCUAUCCGAUUUUCUUAUUUAAAAAACACUCCUGAAAACUUAGGUGUGCUCGAUAUUUCUAAAAUGCAUGGUCUUCUCAUGAAGUCUCUCUUAGGACAGGCUAUCUCGCACCACCGAGAAUGGCGGUCAUAUGGUCAAAAAUUACUCCCACUUUUUAUUAAUGUUUUUUUAGACCAUGAUGAAAGUACUUUCCGUUCGAAUGAAAUUUCUCACAAGCGCUGGAUGGCCGAUGGACACGAACCGUUUUUUGUGAAGGGGAGAGGAAGAUCUCUUAUGGUUAGCGAUUUUCUUGUUGCUCACCCGUCGUCACCACUCCUCCGUCUAUCCGAUUCUGAAUUCCAUUCGGCUGUAAAAAAAUAUCCAGAACUUUCAAAUACUUCGGGCAUAAAUUAUGAAACAAAUUCAGCCACUGCGUCCAUUGCCAUAGGAACGGAUAAUUAUUUUACUAACGAUGUUGUGUUAGAGGAGUUUGAACGGUUGUUCAAGUUAUUACCGUUUAAGAAAGAAUUCAAGAACUGCAAGUUUGAAGUUCUUGUUGACAACGCCACCACUCACACAACAAAACUUUGUUCUCUAAGCGACUUUCCAAAACGAGAAGGUUAUCGUUGUCCCGUUGACUUCCUAGAAUGGAUGGAUCAGAAUGGUAAACAUCAGAGACUCAGUUGUUAUUAUCCCUCGGACGUGAAAGAAGGUUGUUCAAAAGGAUUGUUAGUGAUCGCCAAAGAACUCGGCUUUGACGUGAAUGAGAAAACAAAAUUACCGGAGUUGAAAGAAAAAUUGUCUACAGACGCUGCCUUCAAAACCGUGAGUGUCACUACGCACAUAUUUAUUUAUUUUUAA